AUGCAACCAAAACAAAUGCAAAAAUUGCCUCGUCCACGGCCUUCAUUGUUGUCUUCUGAAUCUGAUUAUAUUUCGGAAAUUGAAUCAGAAUACAAACAAUGUCAACAAUUAGAACAACAACGUGAUGAAUUAAAAAAUGAUUUGGAAAUGAAGAGAAGAGACGAAAUUGUUCCAUUAAUUAAUGUUCGGCGUUCAAUUAGAGACCAGCAAAGUUGUGGUGAAACUUUGAGUCAAACAACUUCCGAAUCUUUAACUUUGAGAACUUUUGUGACUGGAACAAAUUCUAAUUUUACACCUGGAAAAAUGCGUCAUGAUAUUCCACAUCGUUGGAAGAGACAAUUUGUUACAAUGGCUUCGAAUCGUUGUCAAUUCUGUUUUGAAGGCUUUCCCUACUUUACUUAUGUUUAUCGUUGUCGUGAUUGUAACAUGGUUGUUCACAAACACUGUAAAGUUUCUGUUGUAAAUACUUGUGGAUUACCCUAUGAAUGUGCUGAUUUUUAUUUGGAUGCUUAUAGUGGAGGAAUGAAUGGAGAACAACAAAUGACUGGAUGGAUAAAAUUGCUCGUUUUACCUGCUUCAACGCCUAGUGGGGCUACACGUUUUUCUUCUUCGUCGCCAGUUACUUUUGCUAUAACUGAAAAAUGGCAAAAUGCUUGGGCUAUGAUAGAAAAACAUUCGCUCAAUUUUUAUGAAAGUGAUCAAUUAGCAUUACAAAGGAAUGGUCCACCCUUUAUUAAUAUUAAUUUGGAUCAUGAACAAUGGAGAAUUUAUAAUCAAACAACUGAAAAACCGUUGGGUGGUGUGAAAGAGAAUGAUAUGUCGAUGCUUAUUGAAUUGAGAAUGCCAAAUCGUACAUUAUUAAUGUUAACCCCAACAUCACAAGCAAAACAACGUUGGGUUCAAGCAUUACAACAAGCUACAAAUCGUCGUAUAUUUAUUCAAAGACGACCAUCUUCAACAAUUGUAACAAAUCAACUUUUACUUUCAUUGGAAAAACCUCGUAAUUUAUGCAUAAAUUGUACUCAAUGGUUGCCUUAUAAUAAUGGAAAUGAAUAUUUACUUAUUGGAGCACAAGAAGGUUUAUUUGCAGCAGCAAUAACACAAAAUCGUACACCAUUUCAAAUUGCUGGAAUAUUUAAAGUAUAUUUCUUUUUUUCUAUUAAGAAUACUGCAGUGGGUGUCGUUAUAAGAUAA